UUGCAAACCACUGUGUUUCCAGGUCUCCUGGGGCAGCUGAGGAGAGCCAUCACCAUGAUCCCUGCACUGCUCUUGCUGGGCCUUACAGCCCUUAUUGCUCCAUCCAUGGGUUACAGUUGCUAUGGCGAUAUAAGUGCUCUUCAAGCCCCCAUGAUCUCCUGUACAUCCGUAAGAGCCCCAGACUGUGGACUUGCCAUGGUGCGGAGGACUGCUGAGGCAGACAUCGUACGCCUGAGGAAAUACGAGAUCCCAAUUAAGAGAGUAGCCAGAAACCUGUGCUUGGACCCGGCGCUCAUCGCUGCCAUCAUCUCACAGGAGAGCCGCGUCGGCCUGCUCCUGGACAACGGCUGGGACCAGGAACGGCAGAAGUACGGCUUGAUGCAGCUUGGCAGGCAGCAAUACCACCCUUUCGGACUGUGGGAUAGCGAAGAACACAUAAAUCAGUGCUCAACUAUCCUGGUUCGUUCAAUUAAUGAAGUACGGGCAAGACAUCCUACCUGGAACUGGGACGAGCAACUGAGAGGGGGAAUCUGCACCUACCGUGCAAAAAUGGACAACCUCCAGGUCUACGAGGAAGACCCGUGCGACAGAGACAACUACUACGUCAACAGCGUGAUUAGGCGAGCCCAGUACUUUAAGAGACAUGGGUUUUAGCUCAUAAACCUGCCCCGCCACCGAGCCUCUCCUCUACAUAGACUAGCCCAGUAGUGAUCAUAGUACCCAGAGCAGUUCCUCAGGUUUCCUGGCAGGACCAAUGCUGGUGGCAAUGGCAAUGGCACGUUGCUCGCUCCAGCAAACCCCAGCUCCCCACUUGCCGAUGGGUGAGCUCAGCACUGCCUUCUAGGAGACCCUCAGGGAUGAGAUACCACAAGCUCGAGGCCUUUGAAAGGCAGACAGGGACAGAUUGUCAGUGUUUAUAUGUCAGGUGAGGAAGGUGCUUCUUCCUGUUCAGAGCUGGACCCAGGGCUGUUCAUGCAUCCCCCAGGCACAGGAACACGAGCAGCUCUCCCUGAGUAUCAGCUGUGUUCUUCCCAUCUCCUCCAUCCACCUCCUUACCUCUCCCUGGCCAACAGGGGCUUGAAGCCCCUGAGUUAAAGUCUUCCUUCCUCUUGAUUGUGCUGGCUACAGGGCAAUGAAAAGACUUCUCGCCAAGCCUUUGGUCUCUGCACUACCUGUGUAUUCCCAUGGCCAGCACAGUCCUUGUGGGGGACAACACUAAAUAUGCUUCUGGUAGUGUCCCAGGCCCUGGAGGCCAUGGCUGAGGUGGGGCUGGAGACCUCUUCAGGGCAAAAAGCAGCCUCACACAGGGAAAAUCCUCUAUAUGGGAUGUAUUGCAAGUGCCAUAGCAGGCAUGCAAAACACCUUUCCAUUAGAGAGCAGGAGCUGGCCCCGUACAUACCUGCCCCAGGAGCUGUAUCACAACAAUAGUGUUGGUUAAAAAAAACCAAUACAACCUUUCCUGCUUUAGCUUUGGCACCUUUGUGCUGGGUUUAUUCCCAGUUUAAAAGCGCUUCAGCAUCUGUCCCUCUGCCAGGAAUCCCAGCUUCUAAUUAGGAGUGAAUUAGCUCUGGGUUUAUAAGCUCUGUUUGAAAGUGCUCUUCAAUGUGGAUGGGUCUGGGUGCAAAUUUAAGUUUACUGAGAAUAAUACAAGAACAAGAGAGAAAAUAAAG